CUCCUCUUCCCUGUCAUCGGUGACUCUUUUGUCCCUGGUUUGAAACUUUUAAUUCACAGACAGUUCAGGUAUUUUUUUAGUGUUAAGUGUGAUUACUUGUGAUUUUUGGGCUUCCCCUUACUAUUUCCGAAAUCUUUGCACUUCCGCUCUUAAAAAUAAUUGCUUUGGAUUUUUGAGUUGUGCCAUUGAUGUCUUUUAGAAAAUAUCCUGUUAAUUCCCCUUCUUUUUUUGGAUCAGUUGUUGGCUGAAGAAAAAAAAUCUACAACACUAUUUGGGAUGAUGUUCUCCGUUUCUCCUUGAACAGUUGAACUUACUAAAAGACGGAACUGGAACUAGCAUAUGUCAGUAGAUUCCUUGCAGCUUUUGGUUCUCAGUAAGUCUAGGAACUCUAGAUUCUCAGUAUAAGUAAUCAUGGUAAUGCUUUUUUCUGCACCUAGUUUCAGUGAAGUUAUGAUUACCAACGUUGAAUAAUAUGCUAGAGUUUUUUUUAGAUAAAGGAUUGUCCCAGCCUUGAACACUCUCAAGAGAGUGUCUACAGCCUACAGCAAACGCAGCACGUAGACUGCAAGAGCUACAGCUCAAACACUAUAAGUCCCAACCAGAAUAAGCAAAGAAAUGAAAAAACUUCACUCAACAGCCAGCCGACUAGAUUAGCCCUUUAGUUUUUGCCUAAAGUUCCAAACACCUCUUGCCCCAAAGUCCAUCAUUACUCCUUCCAGGUUCCUGCAACACUUCAACAUAAAUUCUCUCGCUUGUUGGAGUGAAAACACAGGAACGCAGGUAAAGUAUCCACACUUGUAGGCAUUAGGCAGCGUGUUUCUUGGCUCAUUUCAAGUGCUGCCUUGCCCUGUAUCUAGGCCCGGCGUUUCUUGGCCAUCUUGUGUUGAGGCUGCUUCUCUGCAGGACGAUCGACUUGUAGAGCUUGUUUCCAAGGAUCGUAGGAGAGGUGAUAGGAUGAACAAAUCUCGCACUGUGUGCAAGGAGUGUAUUGCAAACCAUUAUUGGCACCACAUGGAUGACCCGAAGCGUUUCUUCAAGGUUUUGAUGGGUGAUUUCAAAAAUGGAGUGACCAUACCGAGAAAGUUUGUGGCCAACAUCAGAGAGCAUUUAUCUGAAGAAGUCAAACUAGAGGCACCAGAUGGCGAAACAUAUACUGUUCAGGUUGCCAGGGAACAGAAUGAGUCGGUCCUUCGGUCUGGAUGGUCAGAUUUUGCCUGUGCUUAUGAACUUCAAUUAGGCGACUUAUUGGUGUUCAGAAACAGUGAGAAAUCCCACUUCAAAGUCCGAAUCUUUGAUCCAAGUGGUUGUGAGAAAGAGCUGUCCUGUGUUCCGAUGGACGGCACUCCUUGUGUGAAAGAAAGGAAAGUUUCUCAUGGUAAUCAUAUGCAGUCAUCAACAGGCAAAAGGAUGGCAAUUGGUAACCCAAGCGUCAGUAGAAAAACUUUGAAGACGAACCCAACAGACUCCCCUUCACAGAAAAAAGAUGAACAUGUCCCAUCUUCUGAAGGCAUUCAGAAGCCCAUGAAUUCAGGUGGUGGCGUCCAGAAGCGCACCAAGUCUUGCAUUGUCUUGCCAACCGGAUACGAUAUGACAAGUGAGCAAAGAGCUCAAAUUACCACCCUUAAGCAGAAAAUUCAACCCGAACUUCCUUUUUACAUCACAGCCAUGCACAGGAGAAGUGUGGCUUCUGGAAUUCUGGCCAUCUCCAAGAAUUAUGCCAUGGAAUACCUCGCAAACAAAAGUGGGAUCAUCCAGCUUUCUCGGCUUGAUGGUAGCAAGAUAUGGGCCAUAAAUUUGGACAUAACCACUAAAGAGCAAUAUGCUGUGUCUACUGGCUGGAUUGACUUCAUUCGCGACAAUAAGUUGCGAGAAGGUGAUAUCUGCGUUUUUCAACCAUCAAAGAGCAAGGAUGGAGUGACACUGAUAUUUCAUCCUCUUGAAGAAAACCAUCGCCUGCAGCCACCAGGACAUAUCCCUUCAACUGAUACCAUCAGUCCUAGGCAUGGAGUCCCUAAGCCCCCAUACAUGUUACCGUGUCGCAAAACUCUGAGUGAUCAGCAGAUGAGUGAAUUAAACAAGAAAGUUGAAGCUAUUCAGUCCAAGAUCCCCAUUUAUGUGGCUGUUAUGCAUAAUUCCAAUACUGCCCACAACAAGAUGUGCCUUUUGGAAUUCGGUAGAGACUAUGCAACAAAGUAUCUUCCUUGUGAGAACCAGACUAUGAGGCUUCGACGCCCGGGUGCCAACAAGGACAAUACAUGGGAGGCUGUAUUCCGGGUCCAGAACAGGAGGUACACCCUUGGUCGAGGCUGGAGGCAGUUUGUGGAUGACAACAAGUUGAAACCUGGCGACCUCUGCCUCUUCAACCUGAUGACAAACACGAAGCAGCUGACGAUGAACGUCCACAUUAUCCGAAAGAGGUCGACUUAGCUGAUCGGCACCAGAGCUGUUCGUGCUGAUGCGUCCGAGAAAAUGGCAACACUUUUGUGUCAGAAAUGCUCAUUUUGCCUGCUUGCUGUGGCUACCUAGCUUUGUUUCA